GUCUCUGCAACCUCCUUGGGUGUGAAGACGGGGACACUACCACGGACUUCAUAACCAGCUCAUCUUUCAGACUUUCAUUAUAUAGUGGCACUUACUCUUUGGACCAGCAACUUCUCAAACCAAGGCAAGCAGGAAGGCAACAUGGCGGGACAAGACGAGAAACCCAUUCUUUUCUUCGAUAUUGACAACUGCCUUUAUCCCAAGAGCACAAAGGUAGCCCAUAUGAUGUCUGACCUAAUUGACCAAUACUUCGAAACCCAUCUAUCCCUAUCGCAGAAGGACGCAAACGCGCUGCACUUCAGGUACUACCGUGAAUAUGGUCUAGCCAUUGAAGGUCUUGUCCGCCAUCAUAAAGUUGACGCACUCGACUACAACCGGAAAGUGGACGACGCACUCCCCUUAGAGGAUAUCAUCAAGCCGAAUCCCGCCCUGCGACAACUGAUCGAGGAUAUCGAUACCAGUAAAGUGCGCCUUUGGCUUUUCACAAACGCCUAUAUCACGCAUGGGAAGCGAGUGGUGAAGCUGCUCGAACUCGACGAUCUGUUUGAGGGUAUCACCUACUGUGAUUAUGGGUCAGAGAAGUUCUACUGUAAGCCACAUGUAGAAAUGUUCGAUAAGGCUAUGCAGGAAGCUGGAGUAAUGCUGAAUAAGAAUUGCUACUUUGUUGACGACUCCUACAUCAAUGUCAAAGCCGCGCAUGCACGAGGUUGGACAGCUGCUCAUCUUCUUGACGAAUCUGACCCGGAUCCGGCUCACCAAGCCGGCAAGUAUCAAAUCAAAAGUCUCCAAGAGCUGCGAGCUAUCUUCCCCCAAUUCUUCAAGAGCACAGCCACAGAGAAGCAGUAGGGGUGCCUUUAUUUCUCUACAGCACUCCUGCUUCACACGGCCUUUAAAAUUAUCCAGUACCUCAUACCAGCUAGAGCAACGGGUUGACCUUCAAGAGCUGUGGAGAUUUUUUAUUAUUUCUGGGAAAUUUUAUAAACACUAUGUAUAGAACAUACUAAACGCAG